AUGUUUAAUAUAAUACUAUUUCAAAUAAUCACAACAACCAUUGCAUUUCCAGAUGUAACACUCUCAUUUGGCACUCUCAUGCCUAAAUAACAAGACCCUGAAGAAAACCUGCCAGCAACCAUUUACAAAAAUAACUAAAUCAAUAAAUAUUUUGAUUAUGAUCAAUUCCCAUUAUUAUCAUGUUGUCCUACCAAUCUGACAAAGUACAAAGUAGAUUCCUUAAAUCUACAUGGACAUGGUAGGUAAAAAUUUAUAUUGCCCUUAACCAUAACAAACAAUGAAAAUGAGACUAUUAUUUUGAGAUAAUUAACAAUAACUGAUUAUUUAGAAUAUUAAGAUAUUCCUGUUGCACCUAAAUUAUCAGCUCUACCUAUUCUAUAACCUCAUUAAAGCAUAGUCGUUGAGUUUAUUCAUAGUUGUGAGAGAUAAGUCAAUAAUACCAAUUACUGGAGUAUAUAAAAUGUCUUUAUUCGAUUUCAAGACUUUUAGGGUUUAAAUUUCUAAUAUUAAUUUAUUUGUGAUGGCAGUUUCCAUCCAAAAAGAUUUGAUUGGAGCAAUAUCAUUUUAAUUACAUUUGAUUCUAUUGUUAUCAUAAUUUUAGCUACUUUUGGAAAAAUUUAUUCAUUUAGAAUUGCUUUUGUAACACCAGCUAAAAGGAAGUAAUUUGAAGAACAAAACAUCUAAAAUGUAGAUCUAAGUCCCUUCUAAGGAUUUUAUUUAUAUUGGCCUCAAGCUGUGGCCUACAUGGGAUUGUUAUUGAUUGCUUUAUUUACCUCAAUGAGUUAUCAAGAGAAGGCAGAGAAAGUCAUUAAAAUAUUGGUAUAUUUAAUUUGUGUUCUCACUUCAUUCCAUUUUUUCAAUGAAAUCUUUGGUAAAUUCAGAAACACUAUCCCAAUUUUGACUCAAAAGGUGUAUUGCUUAAAAAUUAGGGAUUAUAUAUCAAUUUUAUUAUCCACUUUAUUGAUUUUCUUUUACCUCUAUUAUGAAUAACCUUGGUUUGUUAGCAAUCUUUUAUCCAUCUGCAUAUUAGGAUCAUUCAUUAAAUUAUUCAAGAUAAUAUCUUUAAAAGAUGCUCUCUAAUUUUUUAUACCUCUCAUGAUAAUUGAUAUUUUUUGUUCAAUUUAUUUGAGUUAAACUGUCAGAUAUGAAUGGGAUAGUGUUGCAUUGAGAUAUUUCAACACUCCACUUUCUGCCUAAUUUCCUUAUUUUAGAUAUAUUUACAAAAAGAAAUGUGCAUGGGUUUCAAUUUUCAAUUUGCUAUUUCCUGGUUUCUUUUUGGGUUAUGUCAAUAGAUUUGACAAACAUAAAUAAACAUAUGUCUAUGAAAUUAUUGCUUUCUUUGGUUUACUACUUGGACUAAUUUUGUGGGUACUAAUCCAAUUCAUUUCCUCAUUCCCUCUUCCAACCUCUAUCUUCACUGAAGUCUUGAUGAUUCUCGCUACUUCUUUGGUUGCAGUUUAGAGAAAUGAAUUCAACAUAUUUUAUUCUGGAAACUUUUAUGAUUAGAUACUUAUGGACCCAUUCAAAAAUGAUAUUGCUCUGCAAGAACCAACAACCUUAGAAAUGUUUGGAUUAGGUGCUACUACUUAAGUAAUUAAAAGGAACACAAUUUAAUAAAAAGAUUUAGUUUAAAGUGGAGAAUAAGGUUUAGUUUUAAAUAGUCAACUCUUUGCUGGCCUAGCUUCUGUUAAUAGAUCAUAGUAAUAAUCCAAUAUUAUAUAAUCAAAAUAUUAAAAUCAUUACUGA